GCGGCCCCAAGGGUAUGGCUUUCAUGACGAGGAGAUACAAACGUACCAUGAUUUAUACUGACGCGAGAUUUGCAGGCGUCCCAAUUCUGGGAAAUCUGCCUCAGGUGCCUCUUACACACUCAUGGCUAAAAUUCAAGCAAUGGGCAGACCAGUAUGGCCCGCUCUACAGCCUUUCGCUUGCGGGCAACCGUCACGUCGUUGUGUCUACCGAGAAGAUCGCCAACGACCUCCUCCGGGGACGAGGCAACAUUUAUUCCAGCCGGCCGCAUUUGCCCAUGAGCUGCGAGCUCCUCAGCCACAACUUGCGCCCUGUGUUGCUCCCGUACAAUGAUCUCUGGCGCAAGGGACGAAAACUGAUGCACAGCCUUGCGUCGGAAUCCGCUGCUCCGGCAUAUGAGCCUGUCCAGAUGCGUGAGUCUUUUCGGCUGCUGAAAGACCUCUUGGCAGACCCAAACAAUUACGAGACGUGGUUUGAACGAUUCUCGGCCGGUCUUGUUCUUCAGCUGGCGUAUGGCAAAACGGUCGAGACUGGCGACGAGCCAAUUGUGAGAGACAUUCUGGAGGUGGUGCAUACUCUUGAACGAGUCAUCUCGCCAGGCGCAUACCUUGUUGAUACAUUUCCCAUCCUGAUGUGGCUUCCAAAAUGGCUGGCCCCAUUCAAGCGCGAAGCAGAUGGUCUGCAUCAGCGCGAGUUGAGUCUGUUUCGCAAGAAUAUCGACGACGUUCGGGCUGAGAUUGCCAACGGAGAUCAGACGCCCUCCUUUUGCAGAAGCUGGCUGGAAAAGGAACACUCUUUUGGCCUGAACACGGACGAGGCGGCGUAUGCGAUUGGCACAAUGUUUGAAGCUGGCGCAGGCACCACAGCUGCAGCUCUGAUGUCGUUUAUGCUGUCCAUGGUGCAUCAUCCAGAGUGGCAGCGGCGUCUGCAGCAGGAACUCGACGCCGUCGUCGGAAACUCACGUCUCCCCGACUUUGACGAUAUGCCUCGCCUCCCAACAGUACGGGCAAUCGUCAAGGAAACCUUGCGGUGGAGGCCAGUCACUGCCGGCGGCGUGCCGCAUCAGCUCAUCAAAGACGACGUCUACGAGGGCGUUUUUCUCCCGGCGGGGACGAGCAUUCACGCAAACCAGUGGGCGAUCCAUCGAGAUGCCGCUCUCUAUCCAGAUGCAGAGAAUUUCCGCCCCGAGCGCUGGCUGGAGCCUUGUUGGCCAACCUACCGCGAGCCUUUGACUCAGUUUCCGAAUCUCCAAAACUUCAGCGCUUUUGGAUUCGGCAGGCGUAUUUGCCCGGGACAAGCCAUUGCAGAACGAAGCUUGAAUAUUGCAGCUGCUCGUGUCGGCUGGGGCUGUACGGUUUCGAAACUAAAAGGCGUCGAGGUCCCGUUGUACGACUAUACAACCGGCCUUAAUGUGCAGCCUAACAAGUUCCGUUUCAACCUAGAAGCGAGGGGAACUCACGUCUUGAAGGUACUCGGAGACAAGGCCAAAGACAGUGGAGGGUCUAACGGUGCAUGA